UGGAGUUUUCCACGUCAAUUUAGGAGAGGUUUACAUAUUUCGCGGAUAUGAGCCGCCCUUAUCGCAAUCAUACGCGAUAUAGGCAACGUCCCUACAAGCAUUGGACAGAAUCAAGCGCUGUCAAGCAAGAAAAGGUGUAUGAAGAUGUAAACUUUUCGUCAUCACCGUAUACUUAUCCAACGUUUUCACCAGAUAAUGGCGGCAAUAGUCGACUGCCAGGCUGGGAUUACCUUCUGCGUCGCAAAGCCGAAAACAUUAACGAUCGUAUUCUUAAGAGUAAGGCAUCAGCAUCUUGUGGUGGAACAUCGCAUGAUGAAAGUUAUGAGGCAUCAUCACAGUUUGUAAUCAAACAGGGGCCAGAUAACCCAGCUGCAAGAGAACAAUAUAGCUAUUCAGCGUUAUCAUGGACACCUUGUAAUGACCCUUCACAAGAAUAUGCUCAAAAAGGAGGAUUUUGGAUUGAAAGAAAGGAAGAGAGAAGCAACCCGGAUCUUAAAGCUGGACAAUCAAAUUCCGAUCGACUCGCUAAUGCGUUUGAGAAUCAACAGAUGCGUAAAGUUAAAAUCGAGCACCCUUUGAGGAUCCCUCACCAUAAAGGCCGUCAUUCCAAUUACCCAGGUGCAAGUACUGGUCAAGGUAGUAAUCUGACAGUUGAAAAAUUGAUAUCUAACAUUCGAAGUGCUGUUGCUUCAAAUCCAAAUUUUAAGAGAAACAUAGUAGAUUCUGCAUGCAGUCAGACUUCAGAAAAUUGCAAGAAACAAAGUAGUAUUUCAGGUACAAGUUUUGGGACAACAAGUUCUGGAUUGAGAAACCCUGUAACUCAAGUGUCUGAGGAAAUAUCCAACUCUCAUUCACCUUACAAUACUGGUAAUGAAGUCAGGCAUGGCACCAUGAUGGACAAGACUAAUGACAUACCACAUGGAAGUGGAAAAAUACACCACAACUCAAAGCCAGAUACAAGGAGAAAUCAGUAUAUUCCUGGAGAUAGGAAGACUCUUACUCAUACUCUACCUUAUCCAGCAGAAGGCGUUGAAGUGCAAUACACCCAAGAUCCAAUUGAAGCAGAGGCUUGGUUAAAGAAUAAUAUUAUUGAUUGUUCUGCACAGGCAGUUGGUUUAGACAUUGAGUGGAAGCCCCAGUUUAAAAGUACGAAGGAUGGAGGAGUAGAAAGCAAGCCUGCAGUGUUGCAGCUGAGUGUUGAAGGGUCAUGUUUGGUUUUGCACCUUUGUCACAUGAAGUCAAAACCAAAGUUGCUGAAGAAUGUUUUGAGUAAUAAGAUGAUAUUAAAAGUUGGAAGUGGAAUUUUACAAGAUGUUACAAAGCUAAAUCGUGACACAGGACUUAGUUGCAAGGGGCUGAUGGAUACACAGAAAAUGGCUAAGUCAAUAGGCAUCCCUGUUUCACAGAAGCUAGGGCUCAAAGCUCUUGCCAAACAUUUCCUUGGGUUUGACCUGGAAAAACCAAAGUCUGUGUCCAUGAGCAACUGGGAGAGACGUCCCUUAACACUUGAACAAAUUCAUUAUGCUGCGUUGGAUGCAUGGAUUGGAUUGAAAAUUUACUUGCACAUGAAAAUGGUGAAGGGCCAAGAACAAGUGUUCAUGGAGGAGGAUGUUGAGGAGCCAGUAGAGACUCUCCAGUGUCGAGUGUGCGGCAAAAAGGUUAAAGGCCAGGAUGGCCUCAAUGAACACAGCAGUAUUCAUCCUCAGUGCAAAUGUGGACAGGUCUUUUUGGUGAAAAUUUCUAAAAAGCACCAAAAAAAGUGUCCUUUUAGCAGUAGUUUGGCACAAGAAGGUCAAACUGCAGACGAUGUCACAGUUUGGUGCCAGGGCUGUGGAAAGAAAUGCAAGAAUGAAGAAGUACUCAUGAAGCAUGUGAGAGAAGUAGGGCAUGUGCAGUGUCCAUUUUGUAGCAGGUUACUUCAAAAUGCACAAAGCAUUAAACAUAUUCAGAAGUGCAGAAACAAAUACUGAAAGCUGUUCUGAGUUGAUCUCUGGAACAUGUUAUGUAUGCUUACAUUUUUAUUCUUAUCGUUAGAAUAAGAGCCUGGAAUUUGUUUCACUAUAGAUCGCUUUUCUUUGAAUGCUCCCUUAUAGAACCAUUAGUUUUCGAAAACCUGUAUCUUGUUAGAUGUUCGAGUGUCAAUCAAAAUAUGAAAAAAGUUCACUACUGUGUUUCAUUUAUCUUCUUUAUUAUGAUUUACUGCAGUUCUGAGUUUUUCCAUGUUUUAGCUUAAAUAAAUUAACUGAAUAUAAAAAUGCAUACUGCUUUUAUCUGGGGGGGCAAUUUAGAUCAGUAGAGAACACUAAGGACCUCGGAGUAACCAUUUCUUGUGAACUGUCUUGGGGCAUGCCGGUAUCUGCAACAGUAAAUAUGGUACUAGGUGAAUAUGGCAC